CUGUAGGCGGCAAGAAGGCUUUCUUCGUGGUGUUAUGCUGAGGCUUUUGCUGACCGCCGCGGUGGGGAUAGAUAUACCCGGUCUUCGUGCGAGAAGGCCGCCAUCACGGUUGUUAGGUCCAAUAUCAACAGUCGCGGUAUUGCGGUCACUUCAGUUCACAUACUGUACGAGAGUACAGUAGGCCGGAAAACACCGCACGAAUAAAUGGCGCACGUCGAGCAAUGCGCCGCGCAGGAUGAUCGCUAUGCUACAAGCCACCGGCUGAAUCGUUUCUCUCUCAGCGUGCGCCGCUACGGACAAGUAUCUUGAUCAAUGGACAGCGAGCGCUGCUGCCGACGUACAUCGGGUGACGGCGCUGUGUGUCACUUGCCCGUGCCAGCUGCCUUGUCCGUCACGGGGCAUCCAUCUGGAGCGUUAUCAUUUUCUCAAGUGAAGGCUGCAAUUGAGGUUGUUGCUUACAGCAUUAUACGCUAUCUGCAACACUGAAUCGACACGAACGGAGUGCUUUGGGCCGGCCUCGAUGGAGUGAAGAAACCUCUGAAGAUCGACGCGCGGAUGUCUUCUUCGUCGACACUGCGCGGCUAGCGUUGUAAAUACUUCGUUCGAGGGGGAUGUGCAGGACCUUUCUCUGGUCGCGCUUCGAGAGAUGCAGUUUUUGAGCGUGAUGCAUAGCCACGGUAAUGGAUGAACAGCGUUCGGGCUUGACCGCUUUUCGCCAGGUCCACAAUCCGAUUCGCCUCGAGCCGUGCAAGCUACGCUCGCCACGAAGGCGCCGCCGAGCGAGAGAAGGAAGGAGUGUCCCAGUCACCAAGUGAUCGACAGAUUUUAAGCGCUAUAUCCAAGGUGUUCAUGCAGCCCAACAGCACUAGCGAGCUCCAAGACGUCGCCGUCGCAGACCCGUCGUCGUCCGCGCCCUCGUCUGCCAGCGCAGGGCUCUCGUCUUGGCCCGAACUCAAACAGCUCAACGCCGCCGUGACCGUCACACCACUGGACAGCGACGCCCAGCAGCGCAACCGCAAGCGUCAGCGACCGUCGGCUCCGUCGUCUCCAUCCGCGGGCAACACGCUCGCGUCCUUCCCCACUCCGGGGGACCUCAAGCUCGACUUCGCCGGCUUCGAGGUCGGCAGCAACGCCCCGUCCGCUGUCCUGCCCUCGGCCCCGCUGUCGAUGACCACCACCUCGUCGGCCAUGACCUAUCCAGCCGUGUCGACCGGCUACUCGAACAGCUACGCGUCCGCCGUCUCCACUGAAGACGUGCUCACCUUCCUCAAGAGCCUCCAACUCGCGCAGGACUCGGCGGCUCUGUCACUGGCCACGCAGCGUCUCGCUCAGGACGGAUUCGACUCGGUGCUCGCCUUGGCGUUCGCGGCUGUGAGCGAACUGCAGCACGCCGGUAUCGCUGAUGCCCAGCUCGUGUGGCAGCAGACUCACCGGGACUUCCUAGCCCGGCGAUUCCAGGGCCCCGGCGUGUUGUCGCCCUCCUACACGGUAUCGCGGUGGAUGGAGCUCUGCGGCAUCCCCAAGGCCAGCACCUUCGAGUACGCUGAGUAUCUGUGCCGUCUGGGUUACUCGGCUGUGCGGGACCUCGAGUUGAUCCUGCACGACCAGCGUGCUCUUUCCGUCUUCAAGAUCGGCCACAGUCGCCUCAUGGUGCACUGCGUUCAGGCGGCCAUCAGUCAGCAGCAGCAACAACAGUUGCAAGUUGCCAGCUACCAGUACGGCAGCCACGGCCCCAACGUGUACACUGCUGGAUCGUCGAGUGCGCUGCUCCAGCCGCUGGAUAUCCAACGCGAGAACGAGUUCGACGUGCAGGCCUACGACAGCUUCUUGGAGGCACUGAUCGAGCCGACGGAGGCCGAGAGGAUCCAGCAGCAGCAACAGCAACAGCGCUACUCGGCGCCGGGUGCGUUGACUCUUGGCCGUGAGAACGUUAAUCUCAUGGGUAACGCCGAUGUGUUCGGCAACCGUAUGAGUUUCGGUGGGGUGUCGUCGCCCGUCCCGCCCAACAUGCCGCUGCGUCUGCUCCCGCAGGAGCACCUGCAGUUGCUGUACGAGGCAGUGAACCUGCCGCGUCCCAACCCGUGCCGUCGCGGCAAGAAGAUUUACUGGUCGGUGCUCGCCACAGGCGGCAUGAAGGAGGACCGAUUCGCGCCUCUGACUCAAUUCACGGCUGCCGAGUUGCAGAACGCGUACCUGCGUCAAUUCGAGCUGCCGGCUAGCAAUCCCGUGAAAAUUGAUGCUUGGAGUGACGAGAACAUCCGACAGCUUGAACACGCCGUCAAGGACCCUCGUUGCCGCCACUUGUCCAAAGUAUGCUGGGAGAUGCUGGCCACGGGUCGCACGGGUGUCGACGAGUAUGCGCCACUGGCCAAAUUCACUGCAUCGCAGCUGCGAUCGCGGUUCCGCUCGCUAUUUGGCGAUAAGCGGCCACAGAAAUUGCGCCAGAAGAAGCAAAUGCUGAAACUACAGCAGCAGCAGCAGCAACAACAGCAACAGCAGGAGCAACAGCAGGCUAAUAGCGCUGUAGUUAAGAACGAGCGCUUGGUCUAGAAAGUAGUGGAGAAGAAGGGAGAAAAUUGUUUUAAGUCAAUAAAGUGUGAAUUUUCAUGUCAUA